AUGUCUGGGAGGCAAGCACCGUCCCUUCUUUCUUUGCCCAUUGAAAUUAUCCAAUUGAUCCUUUCCUACAUCCCGUCUCAGGACCUAUCCCAAAAUGUGGAAAUGACUUGCAAAGAACUCAGGAAGGCCAUGAUCCCUGUCUACCGAGUUAGAUACGGGCAUGAGCCAGCGCCUUCUGUCCCUAUCAGUAACAGUUGUUGGAAACGAUUUGCCAUCCAGAAUGAAGUUUAUUGCAGCCACAGCGAUCACAUGAGAGAUGAAGUGGUCGAUGAUUUCCUUAAAUCUUACUUUGAAUCUCCGGACCAUUAUAUCUCGAGGGGGGCCGAAGAUGUUGUAUAUUACCUUCACAACAAUCCUCAUAUUCAUCCAAGAGGCAUUGAAGCAAUUGUUGCCGCUCUCAAUAUACAACAUCGCUGUCGCGACUCCAACGUUUUCUUGCUCAGAUAUCGCGAUUCUGAUGUUAUGCCAUUUCAGUCUAUGGCUUUACUUCAGGCACGCUUCAACCUGCAAUUUUCUGUUUCUUGGUCUACCUGUUCUUCAGAAGUUUUGGAACGUUGCCUAUUUGCCGUGGCCACAAGUGGUGAUAUGGAACUGUUUGUCUACUUAAAGCAGCUUUUGCUCGAGGAUGGCAAAGAUAUUCAAGUUCACCGCGCAGCCACAGCAGCCGUUCGGUCUGAUCGAGUGGAGAUUUUGCAAGAAUUACAAAGCACUUUUGGUAUCGAAUCUCAUACCUUGCCAUUAAUGGAAGUGGCAGCGUAUUCCGGCAGCGCAAAUGCAGUUCAAUUUCUACUCGAGCUUGGGCCUACGGUUGAUUUGGAAUAUCACUACGAACUCGCAUUACGCUGUUGCAAUCUUGAUGUCCUUCGCCGGCUCAAAAUGCAUUCUCUACGCAACAGGGGCUCAUAUUUGCGGAAUGGGCAAUUGCAAAUUGCAGUCAUCUUGACAAACCUCUUGGAGAGUUGGGCAAACAAGAGCAAGAUAAUUGAAUUUCUUGUUAAGCAUGCUUCUGUCGACAUUAACGCCAUUGGAAGGGAUGGGCUUGCUGUCGUACAUAUUGCGGCCGUCAACAAUCAGAUCGAUGCGCUCAAGCUUUUCGAAAACCUUGGUGCCAACAUGAUGUCUUUGGGUGAGGUUGAACAGACGCCAGCCGAAAUUGCCCUUUGUAAUGGGUACAACAUGCCAUUCCUCGAGUGCUCUUCUCUCCCAAUAGAGCUAUUCGCGAUGAAGCGGGACCUGGCAAAAACUAUCAUUGGCAAACAUUGCGAUGCUAUGUUCAAAGGCCAGCAGAAGUGUCCCAGCUUCGACCGUGCUUUAAAUGACGCAGAAAGCAAGUUGGCGGAUAUUUGGGCAAAGUCGAUCGGAUUGGAAACGUUGCGUGAACUGCUUAACAUAAUCGACACACCGUUGUUUGAGCCAGUUGAGAAGUUGCUGAGGAUCAUCAUGGAAUUUGGUCGGGGGCCGGUUAAGCCGAGAGAAAGGCAGCUUCGAGAUGUGGAUGACAUCAAGGACAUUUUGAACAAGUUUUUCAAUCAGCAAUAUUCGAAUGGGGUUCUUACGAAUCUUGCAUGUUAUUUGGAACCAAAGCUGGACCGAUCGGAUAUCGAGCGCCUAAGGAUUUUCGUAAAUUCGAGAACUGGCCGUGCCUUGCACCUCAGAAGAUGUUCCUUUGCUCUAGAGGAACACAGAAUCUGGAUGGAGUUCAACAAGGCUGUCAACAAAAUAUAA